AUGACGGAAGAUACCAGGGUAGUUUUAGGCUUUUAUUUAAAGUCAUUUCUAAAGACAUCCGAAGUCUUUAGUCUGUUUACGAUAAACGCCCCAAUUUUGGGUGUUGAGGAUGAUAUCAACGACUUUCUCAAUGAAUUUGUCAAAGGUGGAAGUCCCCGCUUCGCAAACUUUGUAGCACUCUGGCAAAAGCGGCAGUUUAUCCAUUUAAUUUACGGAAGGCAAACGCAGUUUGGUCUUGCGGAUGUUCUCUGUUGCUUAUUUUUUCAUCUCGUCAACCACAUUGCUGCCAGAAGCACGCCACAGUUAUCUAAAGUCUGCGCGCUCUAUUUACUGUAUGCUUUCUUUGGAAAACAGCCAAUUAAAAAACAAGUAAGCGCCACAAAGCACUUUUAUGUAUACUGUCAUUAAAUCUUUCAUGCAUUUGUGUGUGGGGUUCUCAUCGACAGCUGUCGUCGGCGCUUUGUCAUCGCGUAAACGCCCUAGCAUUAGGCCAUGAACUGGCGCCCGUCGGCUGCGAUUGAGAAAUGUCCAAGCCACAAUAUGGUGCCGUCCACUGAUAACUGAUAACUACAGGAUGAACUGUAGUAAUUCUGAUAAUUAGUUUGUUCCCGAGUUUUACUGUAUGCGCCGCGAGUUUUAACAAUGCAAGCCUGUUUACAGUCGUUUUUAAUAUUGAGCGAUGUCAUAGAUUUCGAAGGUGAAGGAUUCUGAGUCUAGGCGACCGAGUCCUAGGUUGCAGACUCCAGGGCAAUAGGGUAUCUUUCAUCAAGGAUCUGUGGGAGUGUUGCGUCCAGACUAACUACGAAAGUGCCUAUGCAAAACAGAAUUAACGCGAUAUAGGCGGCGCAAUAUGCAAAGCAAAAUGCGAAAAAUCACGUCGGUUCAGAAGAAGACUGGGGUUAUCAGGGGGCUGUAUCGGUUGGGGGAACAUGUAAGGACCACAAAAACCAACGCAGCACAUAGGCAUCAUAUCAACUAAGCAACAACCUGAGGGUUCGACGGAGAUAUGAGUAAUAAGUAAAGCCUGCUAAUGUGAUUUAGACCGGCCGGAAAUUUGAUGUAGUCAGAUAUAUCACAAUGUUUUUCUGUACGUCGCGGACACCAAUAUGCAUGAAAGUAUUUAAAGCUGGAGGGCAACAUGUUACUGCUCAGAAACAUCUGAAGACGCCUAUGGACCGAGUAUUGAUCGACGGGCCCACUUUUCUCCAGCCUGUCGUGGCCGCAACAUGGGACCAAGACGUUUCUUGUAAGUACAGUGACUAUCGUCUUCUGCGACUCCGUCUACCGGGUACGACCUAUAUGUGUAGUCCGAUCUUUUCCUGAUUUUCGGCGCGACUGAUGUGCAAAUCUGUUUAUGCGCUCGUCUUAUAUUUGCUGUUUUAGUGUUCUUGCACACUCUUUGGGCUCAUAAUAUCCUCGUUCUUCCCAAUGCUACCAAGAAGCGUAAAGAAGUGUCUGCCACUAUCUUGAGUGAAUUUUGAUGCAAUUGGCACUAUUUAUAGAAGGAAGUUCAGUGCGAAGACUGACGAUACACUGAUAUUUUCUCUCAGUACUUUGUGCUGGCAUGUCGCUUUGACGCGCGUAGGGUGCAAGCAAAAAGCUAUUUAAGUUGAUAUGAGCAAGGACACGGAGUACCUUCCACGCCGUAAAAUUAGGACAAAGGACCAUCAGGUAAGACUAAACAUGAACAAUAGAUAAUUAGUAUGUUGACAUGGUGCGCGUUCUUAUCUAAUGAUAACGUUUUCACUAUUUAUGGCGAUAAACUUACAUGAUUACCUAAUCCCUGACUUCUUCUUUCUAUGAAAACAUCCACAAUUUCGGGAUUUGCCGCUAAGCUCAUCAUUGUUAAGUUGCUAUAUUUUAAUGAAGCCAGAUUAUUGGUAGUUGUGAGCAGAGAAUAUCACUAAAUCUUUCCCUACGAUCGACCAAUUCCAUGUUUUCGAAAGGCGCAACAACUUUUCUCUGGUUUAGUGUCGCGGUCCGUGAAUUUCAUAUGCUGCGACACUAAUUCACAUUAUCUGAAUACUCAAAAAGAGUGACUCAAGUAGCAUCUUUCGUGCGCGCGCACUCACUAUUUCCUCUCUUCAUGAAAAAGGCACGAAUAUCGGUGACACCUGAAACUUGGUCAGCCGUCGUACAUUUGGCUUCUGGUUUGCUGCGAGAUCGUCAGUGGGAUGCCUACUACAUAUUCCGGAAGCUGUGCGCGUGGAGUGCCUUCAAAUUCUGUGCACAGUCUGAGGAGCUUUAUCCUGGAGCUCCUUUGUACACCCGUUCAGACACGGUGCUUCCUAUAUUUCGUUCAUUUCUGACCAGCGCUGACCGUCGUCGUUUGGCGAAGAAUCGUGAGAAACCUACCUUCACAGUCGCGAAUCUGGCUCCAAACCACCUGCAUGAUAUGCCCGAGAAAUUGAAGCAAAAUUUGGCUGGGCUGGACCUAGCCAUCAGCGAGUACGUUGAAGCGAAGAAAAAGAUUUACAAAACGCUCUGCCCGGAGACGGAAGAAGAAGGGCCGUCGACAAGCACUGAAAUUCCAUCAUCGGGUUUUGCCGACGAAGGCCUCCUUUUUGGACUAAAUUUAGUCACUUACCCGGUAAGUUAACCCUUUGUUUCGACUGGGGAGCCUAAAGUCUUUCCACCAAAGUUUUCACCUUUAUCAACACCAAACUUGCCAUAUAGAAACUGACCGAAACCACCCGUGGCUUUGCGCGUGCCGAUUUAUAGACUUGAUAAGACUACUUAAGCCUGGGUCGCGGGAGGUAGGCUGGUGUUUAUUCGGUGGAGAAUUGAACUACCAAAACAGCAAAGGGAGCGUUAUUUGUUACCAUAAUAACGUUAUUGUGCUUUACGUCUGUCAUUGUCCCCUGCGCUUUGUACAUCAAUGCAAAUUCGGUUUUAUGGGACUCCUGUACACCAAUAACAUAGGCAGAAUUUUCCCACUGGGAAACAUGGCAUUUAGCACAACGAAGGAGAUGGGAUUGAUCAUUAUCAGUCUACUCCCAAGGCCGGGCAAGGUAAACGAGCCCAAACUGCUUUCGACCCUUCAGUUCUUUCUGUAUUGUCAUGCACUCCGACAUAAAAGGACCAGGAUCGAGAAUUCUGCACUGUCGUCCGUCUUAAAGCUGACAUACAGUAGGCACUUUAUACGCCCUGUUUUGUAUUUUGGACAACUAAUCUAGAAUUGGUUGGACCAACUGGUCUGCCAAUUUUGCAGAUGCUCGAUGAAUCUGAAUAAGCAACUGUAGGUAGAACCCCUAAGUAUAUUCAGAAGCGGCUUGCGUGGGCGAAACUGUGUUGACUGUUUUGACAGCUCCGACUUAUGAAACUCAACAGUGUAGUGUCACCGGUGGUGUACAUUCGUUAGAUUAGCACCCAGUGUCUUGGCUUCGUUACUUUGGGCACUUAACUGUCCUUACUCUUCCCGGGUUUCUUCGACGCCUGUAUUAACCACGUAGAAACCUUAGACUUGGACUCCUUAAAUAAUAUCUCUCAGUAUUUUACCAGAAGAUUCUUGCGCUUUCUGAGGUGUUUAUUUUAAGACAGGCACGUGUCUGAUCUGGGAGGGAACUAAAAAACUUAUUUUUUGGUCUUACUAUAAGGGAAUUUUCACAAUAACUACCUUGCCACUUCCCGGUACAUAGUCCUUCGACCCAACUUUUGUUUGUCCUUUUAAUUACGUUGCCCUUGAUACUGCUUCAUUCAGCUUACAAGCUACAAGUUGAGGUAGGCUCAUAUUCUGCCAUCGGAGCACAAUUACCCUUCUGGUGGAUGAAACGUCGACUACAACCAUCUUCACACCGACGCCCUAAACUACGAAAAACCAAAGGGGCUAGUUACUGAUACAGAUUAAGAAAAGCCUGGAUGUGUCGUUGGUAAAGUAGAGUACUGGCGUCUCUCGGGUUGGCACUAAACAGUAACCUUGCAUGAUCGAAAGAUUUCGCUGCGUCACAUAGAAAUUCGCGUUCCUCCUUUCUUGCUCCUUUCUUCGUCUUCCUGAUAAGCCCAUUUCCCAAUGUCACUUUUCACAGAAGAUAAUAAGGCUACCUAAGUUACAGAGUUUGAAAUCUAGGCUCGCAAAUGAUUGCAGUGGUUAAGAUUUGAUAAAAUCUCUUCUUAUUCUUACAGGACUCUGUAAAGAAACUCAAUCGCAUGGCGGAAAACUUUGCCCUAAGGACGCAGAGCGAUGACGCGGAUAAGCUAAGUAACGUAAAGAAAAUAAACACAGGGGGCGAUGGACACAGCUGUGACCAGGCAGGACAACAGGCGGAAGUAAGUACGAAGGAAGAAGAAGAAGACAUUGGCAAGCGGAGGAAAAGACUUCGUGAGGCUAAACCCCAGAAAUCCAGGCGGAGGUCACACCCCAUAAACUCAGAUCCCCCCAUUGACACCACCUUGUAAAAAAUUGGUGCAAAUGACUACUCCACCCUAUUUUUGUAUUCCACCCGUCUACCAAACUCGCCACUAACGAGUAAACUAUCCUUGUGCAUUUAUUCAAUAAACAGUCGAAUUUGUUUUGGUUCUUCCGUAUACACAUGCGCACUUUCUCGUGUUUCACCGUCUCUGCGUUUCCCACGUCCCGCGUUGAAUUGUUUUCUCUGCUUUGCACCAAAUUUUGGACGCACACUGUGUAGUUUAGUCCCAAGUUUUGAUGUAUGUGCCCUCCCUGCGUCGGGCUGUCAGCUUUCGUCGCCAAAUACAGCUCUCAUCAUGAAGCGGUAGUGUUUCUGUCACUCGCUAAUUUUCAUGGCGAUUAUCACCGCCUCAGCUAGUUACUAAUGCAACAGGAAGGCGGAAUAGAUGGCACGACGCAGCGCAGUGGUAAUGAGAACUAGUCACAAUCAGUGGCACCAUUACGAAAGUGACGAGUUCCGCUGCACGAAGUCGUAUGUUCAAACCAGCUUGAAAUUGCCAUGUUCUGUUUGUAAGCCCCUGAAGCCACGCAGGCCAUAACGAGGGGGACGACAAAGAAAACUCUUUUGACCUGCCAAAGACAGGUACGUUUUCUCUCUGGUCUUGGGUUCAAUAACUAUUUGCGGUGCGGGGAAUUUCGCAACUUUAUGCUUUUGAUCGCUGGCAGGUACGUUUGCAAUUGCUCCGCGAAAUGUUGCAACUGUCAAUUGAAACUCUUCACGCAGUUGUCCUUUUACGCACCGAGUUACGUUCUUGUCGUGGAAUUCCUAACUAAAGACGUUCAUGUCAAUUUUUAAUUUGACAUUCUGUACAACCGGCUCUCUGAAAGUCUGACCAUCACGACGAACUGGCCAACUGACCUCGUCUGCCGGUCGAAACAAAAUAUGGCAGUCGUUGGGUAUGUGCAACGCAUGCAGGACUAUCCUCCCCAGGGACCGCGAUGUUAGACUGUAAAGGUGACAGUAUCUGACGUCCUGCGAUGCGCCGCUACGGAGAUUGCUCCAGUGCACAAUUUAGGCUAUCGUACAUCGACCAUCAAAAACACGUUUUGAUCCUCGCUAGCCGAAUCUUUUGCCCUGCUAGCGAGAACACGUUGGAGCAGAGUGCCCCUUCGGGGCCUUUAUCUCUGACUCAAAGACCUUGAUCACAAGAAUACAUAGCGAAGGUUUAGUCUUCGGCUGUCCAGCCGCGCCUUACAAGUCGAACUACGUUUUGUUGGAGGCCCCCCUCCGCAGUUGACAGAAACACAGCAGAGCGGGAUUGAAGUGGUCAAAUUGACCGACUGUCAGCUCGUCUUAUCCAGUCUCCCGUUUAUGACCACUUGUGUGACCAGUCUUUACUUGAGCUGAGGACCUCAGAGCGCUCUUUUCUCGUCUUCAAAAAAUCACAAAAAACAUGUGCCAGGGCAACCUAAAUCCCUGUUCAGUGCUUUCACGCGCACCCUUAACGCGCAUAACGGCCGUAUGUACUUUUACUUGGUGCGGCUGUGGUCAUGCCCGGCUAAGCCGGCCUUAAUGAUGUGACGUUCUGUACCUUUCCUUGCGUGACGAUCUGCGGCAGCGGAUCUGAGCAGUUCGACCCAUUCUCCUCUCUAAAGGCGGAGACUGGAUGCCGAGAGUCCAGAAACCACUUUAGUGUCCUGACGAGCCUUGUCGGGCUAGCUCUUGAGUUGAUCUCCUCUUCGAAGCCUCUAAGUGGGCAACGGUUCUGCGUCCUUAAAGCAAAGUUUUCCAAGCUCAUGAGGCUGACGACGGAAAACGUGCUCAAGCCAUCUCAAUCGUCUUUCUUGGAUGGUCUGGGUUAUCUUUGUCAGGUUGUCGCAGCGAGUGAGGUAACGACUUAAUUCACUCGUGGCACCACAGACUUUAGAUCACCAAAGCCUUAGCUGCAUGCUGUCAUACUUUGAAUAGCAAGGUACAGAAACGUUAGUUCAUUCCAGCGUUCAAUAUAAAGAGUUCGUUCGGGGUCGAGUAGUCCAGCGCGCAUACUAUUCGCUUACGCCACUGGACCAGGGUUGCGGAGCGCGUCGGUCGCUUCGGACGCUGUAGUGUGGGUCGUACUAUUGUAUUCGGGCAUAUUUUCAUGAGUUUUUUUGGAGAUUUUGAGUGCAGGCGGAUCCCCAACAGCCGCUCGGAUUAUUUGUUUGAGGUUAUCUUUAAUUCAAGAACCUAACUACAAGGCAGCGAUGGAAAGCAAACCUACUUAAUGUCGGUCCACGGUCACAGUGCCGUCAUUGGGUUUUGUGUCACCUUGUAGGGCUAGUGGCGUGCCAGACCUCAACCCUUCGUGCCUUUGUAGGACUGUUACUUCUUUUUCGGACUGUUUAUUCGCCAUGGUUGUAGUGAGAUUCUUAAACAAGUGAGACCAUUGUUCUUUUUAUUACAUGCCGGGUUGUUUGGUUGGGGGACAAUAUCGGUCUUUCGAUUGGACACCGGCUUUGAAAGACCGGAAAGACGCCUCUUUGCUAGAUGUUUUGCUCAUGCACACUCUUUGGAAAAACUACCAUUUCGUACAACCUCAGAAGUAUCAUAUAAUGGGUCGGUGGAUUUCUUUAACUGCAGGAAAAAUACUGUUCAGUCGACUUCCAAACAAGAGCCCUGGUUUUGCUUUCUUGGUCGAACAGUUCGGUUCCUUAGAGACGCUCUUUAUAGAAUUUAGUAAGUCAUAAGUUACCUUUCGCCUGAGAGUAUGCCUUUUUGAACAAGCUAUCACUGUCCAUCUGUCUGCACGGUAAUAUGCUUCUGGGAACCUGUCGUUUUCUUAGACAUGUGUUCCGUCGAAUCUUGUUUCUUACUAUGUGGACCUCUUGGUAUGCUUUUUCGUCAAGGAGUACUAUCGCGUUUGCUCCUUUUACGGAUAAUGAAGCAGUCGAUUUCACAACGAUGGCGAGCCCAGCUUGUGCUAGUCAUCGUGAGCUAUCUUUUUUCGUUCUCGGUUUUUUUCUAGCGAAACUAUGGCAGCUGAAUGAUAUGUUCAUUCUAGUGAUGGGGAAGUGGACUGCUGGACAGUUGGUCGACCGUACAGACUGCCAGUUGUCACGUCUAUAGAUCCUUAGGAGGUACCUGGCUGAUAGGCUGUUUCCUCACGCCCUGUUUGACCUAUGAAUUGAUUAGAACCCCUGUAAAACAGUAUCCUAUCAAAGGUUGGGAUAGUCUUAUUUUGCUCAUCUUAGCAGUUCGCCGAACGUUUGCCUUACUGCGCCUCUAACUGUCCAGUGCCCUCUUGAUAUCAUUCUAGUUAACAAUUUCGAUUGUCAAACUGUCAGUUGAUAAGGGGAGUGUAAGGUGCCGCACAAACUCAGUUCAGUUUCUUCUCACUUUUCCCAGAAGGGCCAUGCAACCGAAAAGUUUCGUUAAGCAGAGGACCGAGGGUUCUCGUCCUGUGAUCCCUUCUGCUGCCUCUGCGGACACCGAGAACAAAAACUUGGGUGGUUCUACAACCUUGCGUGGACUGUUGAGCUAUUACAGAAAUAAGGUGGAGGCCCUGACCAUGGACAAUGAGGCAUUCCAACGUCGUCUUGAACAGAUCGCUGAUGUUGUCGGUGAUCAGCACACCUUACAAGGCAAAUUACGGGAGAGCGAGAAACUGGUUGGGGAGUUGAAACAGAAUCUCUCAGAAAUGCAGGUCUGUUCUCGACUAGGGCUUAGUACUCAUCUUCCUUUUCUGCUAUCUUGACAAUUAUAACCCCUUGAAUGCGCAAUAUUCUGAAAAGCAGCGAGGCACUGCGACCCCACCAUAGCCUCACACCACAAAUUUAAUUGCAAGCAAACAGUCGCAGCAUUUUAGCACAUUGUCUCAUUUUUAUUCUCUCUCUUUCCGGUUGAUCUCCACACCACGGACGCCGACCCCUUCUAUCGACUGUUAGUGAGUAGCGUGCAAACGGCUUUACAAUAGCGCCCAUGCGUAUUGAGCCAGCGGCCAGGGCCGAAUUCAGUUUAACCAAUCUUAUGCAAUUUUUCCAUGUUUCAAACCCCAGCUGUUUAUUCAUGCUUGCAGUGGGUUGUUCCACGCGUCGGAUUUCUGGCAGUCGGCUGUAUAGACAUCCAGUUCGGAGAUAGUUUUUGCGCCAUUCAUAGUCGUCGCGACACGCCCCUUCAGCUCUCCUGCUUAACGACGGUACUCGCUGUCUGGAGCGUUGGCUUCCCUAGAGAUUUGCAAAGAGCAAGACGGAGUCAGUGUUUUUCUUCGCCCGUAGGGAACAACCUCAGUGGUCUUGGGUAAGGCUGACUGUACGGUUGCUCCGCACAAUGAUGCACCGCAUGUGGAACGCCUGCAGCAGUUGUGGAAGGCUUUCAUUUGCGCCUUAGGUCCUCGGUUAAAGAGGACCAGGAUUGGCAAUCCCGUCAGCGAUGAACUGACUCUUCAGACUGUUGCCCGUUGAGCCUCACUCCAAAUCGCGAGAUUUUUUAUAGUUUGUUGAAGGCACUGCUGAAAAAGUUAACUCGGCGCAGCACUUCAUGGCCGUUUAAGGGGAGGGAGAAUGCUAGUUGCUCAAGAUUGUUAACGUCUUCCAGCUUGAGCUCAUGUUUUUCUGAUUCAUAUUUAUGACCAGGUUAACUUUCAUGGCAGUCUUUACCUUCCGCUCGUUUGGUUGUACUGAAGAGUUCUAGCAGUGUUCAUUUGAGCAAAUAUGGGGAAUACGCUUUUAAGUGGUCAAGGUCCCCGAUUUCCAACUAGCGUCUGACAUUUGCCGAAUGACGUAGUUGGAGAGCGCCCUCUACCAUUGUACAUUCCCGAUCGCAACCGACAGGACAACGAGCCCGUGGCUCAGUGGUUAGAGACGUUAAACUUCUAACCAACAGGUCGCGGGGUCGAGCCCCAGGUUUUCCACAAUUCGAGGUUGAGUAUGGCUGACUGACGACGGCCAAUAAGCCAGAAAUGGCCAUUCCAGUCUCCCUUGUCUUUGUCGGUAAUGAUAUACUGCCCAUAUCAUGCGCCGUUGUGUGGCUGCUGGUUGGGCUCUAGAGGGAGAGAGAGCCCUAAAACACAACGGGACGAGUGAGUCUCGUAGCGCUAUCGGUGAGCGCCAUCUACCAUUGUUAUCAUCCUUUUUCACCAGCGUAGCUGUUUUGUCUGCAACCACACGAGGUUCGGCAAACUACCCUACACGGUCCUUACGCAGGACUAGGUGUUUCAAUCUCAUCCGUUGGGUGGAUACUUCCUGUGCGCAUGUACGUUUCAUCGUCCCUUUUGCAGGCUCCAGCGUUCCUAGGAUAGUUUUCUGACAAAGCCGAUGAAAUUGGUGUCGCAGUGGUAUACAUUCACUUUGUUUUUGUUAUUCUUUCUCCCUCACUUUUCCUCUUCCCUCCUCCCAUGUAUUCUCUGUCAUUCGGACUUUCGCCUUCAUUCCGUCAUUCUGUUUACAUUAUUCUUGAAAGUACUUAAGCGCACAGAUAUGUCAGUGUUUCCGAAUAAUACACCACAUGGGCCUGAAACAGGGGCAGGCGAUAUUUUACUGACUGGUAUCAAAGAAACACUUUUCAUAUGUUAUCCUGAUUCACGUGGCUACAUCGAUAGCAUGUACCUUGUCGAAGAGGGAUGCUGGAUAUUGAAUUACCUUUCUUGCUAACAAUCUGCACUCCGCUAUUCAGGUGUGUCUGUACCAGGAGAGAGACCAUGUACUCCGUCUGUAUGCAGAAAACGACAGACUUAAGCUACGCGAAUUGGAUGACAGGCGGAAGAUUCAGCAUCUCCUUCAGCUCUCGGGCCUUGGACCCGCUGAAGUCACGUACUUUCUUUCUGAAACGACCCUCCCGUCUUUGAAUCCGUCAACCACCGCAGAGAAGACUAGAGAUCAGGCACAACCUUCAGCGCUUAUUAUUAACCCCGUAGUUCCAGCGGAAGGGACUGUUGAAUACAUCACAAAUGGAAGCGUUCGGAAAACUGGUGGGCACGUCAGGGACCGCGGUAAGUUCCACCAGUAAAGUAAUUAAACCAAUCAACCUACUAACGCAGUGUUUGAGUAGAAAGACUUAAGUACGGCGUAAUUGGGGUACGCUUGGAAUCCAACCUUCGAUAUUCACAUUUGGAGAAAUUGCAUCGUUUUCUCCCACAAGAGACUACGAUUUCUAUGGCGAAUAACAAAUUCUUGUCCACUGAGGGACUAGAUUAUCUUCGAUGGAAAAAGAGGGUUCUUUUGCAUGUGUUUUCGCCAGCCAGCCUUUAUGACGACCGUUGUGCUUCUUAUGUUAUCACCCGGAAACUUUUGCCUCUGCCUACCUGCAUGGGAUGUGGGACAAGUUUACCUUUUAUUCACAUUGCACUCGAUGUACCAUCGAAGUGAGUACCAUUCUGCCAUUGCCAGGGAGAACUUGCCAACAACGAUAAGCAGACUAAAGUGACCACUUCAGACUUGCUUACCUUCGUCAGCCGCCUGCCACGGACUCCAUGGAGUAUGAUCGUGAAUCGGGCGGUACAUCCGCUGAAUUUCAAAUAUACUGAUUCGGAGUUCAAAUAUUAGGCGAUCCCUGUUUAGGGCGCAGGUAAGACUGACUGACGAGUGUUAGGAAGUAGUGGCCAUGACAGUCGUCCUUCCUCAAUCGAUAAACCACGGAGUGUUAACUACUUUUCGCUUUAUCAUCGCCCGUGAGGCCCCCUCAUCUGGGCUUCGUAGGCACAACCGAGGGCAUAUCUUCCCAUUGCACAACCGAACUCGAACGCUGAGAAUACUCUCGGUCUCCACCAACAGCGCGUGGGCCGGUGCUGAGCACCGAGUGUCAAAGCCAUUGACAUGAGCUCAGUUGCCAUGUCUGCCCGCCUUUUGGUUUAGAUAUGCUUGACUGCUUUGGAGUCUGCAGACACUCUUCCAACUGAAGCUGUCGAUUUGAACCGAAGUCAACCUUUCAUAUGUGAAAGUUAUUGCUUAAGGAAACUGACAGUACUGGUUUACAACUCCUUCGAAUCCAUCCUUUAUUAUGUUGAAGGACCAGUGCUAUCUAGCAGGCAAGUUAAUUUGUGCGGAGGGGGGGGGAGUAGGAGGUCGCGGUAAGAGCAGAAAUCUCCCUAACCAAAUAUAGCUUUCGGCGAUGGUAGUUGGCACUUACAAAUUACCGGUUGAAUUCGGCGGGACUGCAGCCCGCCAUUUGGAAAAAGAUCCACCUCAAACAGGUUUCUCAUAAAUUUAUUGAGCAGAUCUAGUCAAAGAAUUCCACAAUGUCUCCGAGACAGCUGCCGGUAGUCAAGGAGCAUAAUUGCUCCCCUGCGCCAAGUUCCAGGGGGAUUAGAGUUACGGUUGGCGACGAAGAUAGAAUAUGCAAGUCCACUGGGAAAAUGGAGCACCGGGACUCGCGUACUACGGGAGGGCUAUUAAUAUUAGUUUUGUGGAGGUUAUGUGGUGAGGAUAUGUGCAGUCUGAGCGCUACCAUUAUCAAGGCAAAUCCUAGUGUUGGAAAGAAAAGACGGAAGGCACCAGCCUGAGGGAUUUAUUGUGCACAGAACCCGUAGUUCUCCUCUCAGGCGACAUUGGCCACUGGCGAAGCCAGGGCUGGUGUUGACUGUGUCCAGUCAUGCCCGAGUCCCUGAGAUAGUGGUAACAGCCGCUUUUGUAGGCUCGUGGACCAAGCUCAAGUGAUGUCCAGUCAGUGUGUGUUGCAGUUGCCGAGGGGUGGUGACCCAGUGGCUUUUUUUGCUGGUUGCAGGGGGUGGCGCAUGGAUAGCCGCGACGCUGUGUGGACGCAAUUGUGUCCGAGCUGAAGUCUGUCGAGUGGCGUCAGGUCAGCUCGUCUGGGACGGCUCGCUGCAAGGGGUGAAUGACCUUGAGACAGCGAGGUCUUGAACAAUGACACCAGACCGGUCAUUUUGGCUGCCCGCUACAGUUUUACCAAGAGAGCUGAUUGGCAUGGCAGUUAGCGGAAUCUGCGGAAGGCAUUGAGAAAACCCGCGUUUCUGCCAUAUUUUUUAUUACUUCAGUGAGGUGCCGCGACAGAGCACUAAGCUUGUAAAUGGGCGGAAAAUGGAUAAUCCAAGGUUGUUGGUUAAAGAAGGCCGGAUUGGGUACGACGGCAUGCGGGGCGAGGAAAAGGGAGAGAGAGGGAGCCCAAAGCAGUUCCAUUAGUUCCCUCCCACCAGUCGGUGGUGGAUUAAGCAUCUGUUCAUCCUUUAAUGAGCGCCAGCCGACAUGAUUAGCCUGUCAAAGGGGUUGACUGGUCGCUGAGGUUAGUUUGGAGCUUGACUGACUGAAAAGGCCAGAAAUAGGCGGAAACAGUUAUCCUCACGAUGUCUCCCGUUUUUAUCUAUCUACCAGAUAUCUCAGGAGUAUUGCUUCAUGUUGUGUCAUGCUUUGCACGUCCCACUGUAGGUGACGCAACGGAACCGAACUCAAGUCACAAGAGUGAUGCUGAAAGAAGCGUACCGAGGUUGGAGCACCUGGCCAUCCAGCGGGAAUUGGAGUUUGCCCGAGGUGCAAUCAAGGCUUUACAACGGCAGUUGGAGGAGCAAACCAAGAACUCACGCGAUGAGAUAGAAUCACUGAUUGAGAAUCAGCAGAGUUUAUUUCUGGCGAGUCAAGCCCAGCUUGCCAAGUUUAAGGAAAAGGAAAUCACCACGGAGAACAGGUAAGUGUGUGAAUGCAGAAGUUACUGUUGAUAACCAACAACUCGAGCACUUCAAGACGUGCCAUUUAGUGUCGAUUUCACUUGUCAGUUGAAUCCUACCUGUCCGUUUGUGUCCGAAAGUAAACGACUAAAUAUUUAUUUCCUUAAUGUAUGACAUCUAUGAGAUCAGUCCUCGCAGUCCGUACUUUUCCACCGUGUGCGGAAAACGAUGAAAAACGACCUUGUGUCACGUCAGCCAUUGCGGUCCACCUCAUUUGCAGUUGCUCGACUUCUACAGAUCACUGUGGCAUAAGCGAGGUGAGAGAGAAAGAGAGAAAUGCUAGGGCUACCUGGUUCAAUUACUGUCGCACAGUCUGCUUCGAGAUGGCAUCUGUCGUCAGGAGAGGAACGCUGAAUGGGACACCGGGAAACCCAAUGCCAAUCGACGAGACCAUAUUUGCAGGACCGUCUUUGGCGGAGGUGCACCUGCCAAAGAAAACGAUGGCGAUCCAGCACAGAAUUAUCGGAACAACGGCUCAUGCACUGAUGCUCCAUGGGUCAUUAGAUUGUGUCAAGGUACCGAUUUAAGGUACUUCAACAUACAUAAGCGAAAUGCAGCGACAUUGACCCCUAUUAUUGAACGUGAAAUAGAAGCAGGUUCAACAAUUCGUUUUGACAAACGGCCAGCUUAUUGGCGAUUUAAUCAGACUGGGUACGAUCACCAAACCGUCAAUCACCAGGAAAAUUACGUUGAUCUGAAUACGGAUGAACACACCCAGCAAAUCGAGUGGACCUUAUUAAACAGUAAAAUAGAGAUUUUGGAGAAUAAUCGCGGAGUUCCAUAGCAUUUACUUCAGGGGCACUUGUACGAACACUGCUAACGUGUUUUGAAGGGGGAAGAAGACCACUUCGAAGUAGUCCUACACGAUAUCAAAGAAGUAUUUUUCGAUCUUUGUUAUAAUAUCUGUACUUACGCUGACCGAGAUAUACGGGUCCUCUGCCCCCUCACGAAGUGCGACUUUUGCUGCCUACGAUUCAGUCGGAUACGAGGCGGACCACCGACCUACCUGAAGACUAUUUUUUGCGAUUAGGUUUUCUAUGGGUGCGUGGUAGUAGUAAGAACAUCAGCGUCUCCUUCACGAAGUUCCACCUUUUGCCGGACCUUCUGCAAAGGAUGCCCAGUGAUAGUGUCCCCUUUCCUCAUCUCGGACGGAAUUUGCUGUGCGCCGAUGACGUUGAGGUUGGCACACACAUGGAUAAGUAAACGCCUGCGGUCGUUUCCAGUCUACGGGAAUGCUGAACAGGUACCAAGUCCCAUAUCAAACACACAUAUGCAGAGGCCAUAGGAGAAAGUGGUGGAAACGUAUCAAGACUGUUCUAAUGACGAUAAUCGUGUAAAUGCGUAAUAAGGGUGCAAUAUUAAAGAAGGUGUGUUACAUGUACAGUGGUUCUAUCUGGAGUGAAGGGCGUUCAGUUGUGUCUGUUAGAUCACCGGUGGAGAGCGCAGCAUUAAGGACAACUGCAGUAGUGUAUGUGGGAGUGCUAAAAUUGAGUGUGAGAGAGCGAAACGAUCUACAAAGGCGAUAGUUGUAGGGGUGGGGGACGUGGGUCAGCGAUUAAGAGUGGAAGGGACACCGAAAUUUUCACCGACACUCGAUUAUACUGUCCCUAUACUGGGCCCGCUCCGAAGUAAAGUUCCUCUUCAGUCAAGCAACUCAUUCAACUUUAUGGUGCGUUACAGGCUCUAACGACGACAACGGGCUUCGGUUGUCGUGCUUCCACCUCGCCGUAAGGGAGUUCUGCUUCUAGAAGAGUGUCAUUCCCCAGGCCUGUCCUAGUCAAAUCUUUAAUCAUGCGCCAAGUUUGCUGUUGACAUACAUGAGUCUUUCUGCAGUUAAUUUGGAUGCCGGAUUGAGGCAGAAUACCCAAAGCCUGCUCUAACCGUAGUGGUGUUUUUGUUGUAAAGAAAUGUGCGAUCAUAACGAAAUUUCAUCGUUUCCAGUCUGCGAUUAAAACUAGUAUUAAACUUUAACAUCUUUCUUACAAUAUCAGCGUACUUGCGAAACCAUGAAUUACGGUCAUCGGUUACGUCCAGAAAUCAGGCGAUAGGAUUAAAGGACAACGCCUGACCAUAGAUGAUAGUUGCUAUCGGGCUUCAUGGGUACUCAAGGAGAGGAAACUUGUUUAGCAUUUUGGUUUUGAGAGACUGAGGUUUCCUUUUUUUCUCCACUCCCUAACCGUUGACAAUCUUUCUCACCUGCUUUCUUUUUUAACUCCUCCUAUUUUAUACCCAGAUUGUCAUCUUGUCAGCGCGGAAAUCCUCAGAGGCGUCGUUUUCUUCAAUGCUUGUUACAUUGUAUUGACUAGAAAUAUCUGAAAAUAAGUUUGACCAGUGAGUUCUAUCAACAGACAGACUUCUCAGACUGAAGUGCAAAUUCUUCCUAGCCUGGAAUUCGGUGACAUUUGGCAGGAGGCUGAAAAUAAGCUACCGGUUUUUCUUUUACUGUAAAAGAUUUUCUCAGUAAGCCCUCUGUCUCCAAGUUUUCUCGUCCACUGCUGCCCGAUCGCCUCUGUACUUUCCAGACUGAAAUUUAAAAACAGCAGAACUGCGGUUGAAGGACCUUCAUCGAUCAAGUUACGUUACGUGCUUGUCCCCUAGUUCCUUUUGGCUCAAUCUGGAACCCUAUCAGCUCUAUCAGUAAUGUAUCCAGAGAAAGAGGUUGCGGACAAAGAGAACUGAAGCCGGUAUGGCUAUUUUUGAUGUCUUCAAUCAGCCAUACUCAACAUUAGGUCGGAAUGAUCUGGGAUUAGAAUCCGAGUCCUUUAGCCACUAAGCGUUAAUAUUCCAGAUCACAGCUGACAAGACAAUGAGCCCGUAGUCCAACGGUGCAGUGCUGAACUACCUAACGUUUAAAUAUCACAGAACCCGGAUCAUGGGGCUGGGUAUGGCCGACGACAACAAAUUAGCUAGAAGUGGCCAUCUCAGUACCCCUUAUCUCUGUCAGUGCUCCCCUCUGCAACACAGAACGCCCAUACUGUCUCCUGUAACUAAGCUAGACUGAUAGAUGCUACUCAUAUGAUAUGCUGAACGUGUCGGAUCGUAACCGAUAAACCGAAAACUAUUGGUUCAAUUGCCGAACAUUCAACUUGGGAUUUUAAUUUUCGGCUUUUACAGACCUAGACUUGAAGCAGAGCCAUCCCAUCUCUGUUUCCGUUAGGGAGCCUACCUUUAAAUCUUUUUAAUUUCCUUUUUUAGUGCGCUUGCAGUUUUGUCUGCGCCUAUUCCCCGUUUUGCCACUUUUUCCUCAUCGACAGGUUAAAACGAUGCCAAGAAAUGCUCUGUAGUAGCACCAAAGAUUUCCUCCAACAACGACAGAAAUUUCGCCAGGCAGAAAAGGAGUGGAUUCUGGAGAGGGACCUGCUAGUGAGGAAACAGGCGGGAAUACCCUGUGCCAAGGGUGAGUCCUGGUAGUGGUGGCCUCACAACAUUAUAGUCUGAAAGGCUUUCAUUUAUUUGAAGUCAGAGUGUAGUUUAGCAAACUAUAUCCUAACGCAGUGUGGGACAUCCACUGCGUUCUGACGACAGCAAUGGUCCUCAGCUGUUUAUCGUGUUGACUUCAACUACAACAAAUUGGUGGAAUUUGCUUUGAAACUUGCAAAACAGUCGAAAAUGUUUAACAAUACAUCCCACCGUUAAAUACUUCCUAAGUAAACUUGCGAUGCUGAAUAGUUUAGGACGUAAUCCUAAGCUAAGAUAUCAGCUUUUGGUCGAGAAUCUUUUCAAUCAUCCUUACAUUCAAUCUCAAGAAAGGAACUAUCACCAACUUGAUGUUAAGGUCUUCCAAAAUGCCUUUAUAAGGGAAUGACAAAACAUUCCAUCUUUCGCACUUAUUUGUGAAAACACACUUUAAGGUUAGUGUUUAUGACCACAGAGUGUAUUUUAAUUCCAAAGUAUUCUUUUUUGCUCUUAACUUGUACUUGUUACGGCCGCGAUCAUGUCUGACCUAGCCGGCCUCGAUGAUGUCACGAAAUUUACUUCCCCACGUGUGAUUAUCUGCGCGAACAGAUCUAAACAGCUCAACCCAUUCUCUUCGCCAGCAGCGUAGGCUAAAUACCGGAGGUCCGAGAACCACUUAUAUGUCGUGGCGGACUGUGUCGAGCCAGGUUUUGAGUUGAUCCCCUCUUCGAUGCCUCCAAGUGGGUAACGGUACCGGGGUCGAUGUCUGCAAAAAUUAGCUGGUGAGGACGACGGAAAACGUGCUCAAGCCAUUUUACUCGUCCUUCUUGGAUGGCCUGGGUUAUCUUUGUCAUGGUCCUCAGACAGUGAUGAUCACAUACCUCAAAUCUCCGCUCAUAUUCCACGCGCACGUUCCGUCAUUCACAACCAUACAGACGAACUGGUCGGACGGAUGCACGAUACGCGCGAAUCUCCAUGGGAAUGGAGAUGCCGUGUUGUGUUCAUAGGCACUUCCUAAGGAUUGAUCCGGAGGACAACGUCGACCUUACUCUAUCCGUUGCCCAGCAAACCUGCCCCGAGACAUUUGGAACUUUCUACUUUUUCAAGCUGACAUCUAUUAAUUUUGAAGUGGGCGAGUUGCCAAAAAUAGAUCGAUCAUUCGUAUCGUGGAUAGAGUCGCGCAAAGUCGAGGGCUUACCACUAACUUUCCGGAUAAUUUGGUGAAGCUUUCGAGUGUCAACAAAGUUUGAAGCCUGCUCCACGGAGUUUACCCAAUACCUCAACUGGUUAUCCCUUGCCGACUUAGUUGAGAUUUUAGGGAGUUGGCGAAGUGAAUCAUAAGUGUCGGGACCUGGGUCUAUCCAUCUGGGCGGACAAUUGUAGGGGUUUUCAGCUGUUUUUUUUUCGCACAUGAAAUGUUGGGUGCAGAUGAGACGUGAACUUCCGGCCAUGCAUGACAGUGGACAUGGUGAGAUUCAUAGGCGUUAGUAGUUUCGGCCCUACGCAUCGAUCUACUAUUGUAAACCCAUCUGCGGAACCCUGGUCCAAGUAGAUUGUAGUAAAUCUGACUGGCCGUAUGGCGGCUGAUGUUUGUGGCGAUGCUGGAAGCAGGCGUUGGUGACGAACAGUCGAGUUUAAUCAGCGAAAUUCAGCAUUCUCUGACUGUUGUCGCAUUGACGGCCAAGCCUCGAAAAACCAGCAAGGCGACUGCUUGAAGAGUCGCAUGGACCGCUGUGGUAUGUGGUGAAGUGUGAGUUGACUCCCGGGUUAUUUAUAUCUCGAGCGUCAGAGUCGGAAAUUCGAACUUCAGAGAGGCGGCAUAUAUCCACAUUGCACGGGUAAAGACUGUGUGCUGUCAUAGUUUGAAUAGCAGGGAACAGAAACGUUAGUUCAUUCCAGCAUUCAAUCUAAAAAGUUCGUUUGCGGUCGAGUAGUCCAGCCCGUAUACUAUUCGCUCGCUCCACUGGACCAGGGUUGCUGAGCGCGUCGGUCGCUUCGGACGCUGUGGUAUGGGUCGUAAUAUUGUAUUCGGGCAUAUUUUCAUGAGUUUUUUGGUGAUUUUGAGUACAGGCGGGUCCCCAACAGCUGCUCGGAUUAUUUGUUUGAGGUUGUCCCCCCCAGCUCUUUAACGCAAUGACCUAACAACAAGGCAGGAAUGAAAAACAGACUUACUCUGAAUGAUCGGAAAGACGCCUCCUUGGUAGCUGUUUUGCCCAUGCACUUUCUUCGGAAAUAAUCACAUUUCGCACUACGUCAGAAGUAUCGCAGUGCCGUUAUCGACCUUGGUGGCAUUCAAUUAGGUUGUCGGCGUGCCGGGCCCCAACGCUGCAUACCUUGGUAGCUGCCGGUCCGGAAAUACCUGUUUGCCAGAUCCGAGAGUGCUUAUUUCGCAGCUAACGUUCGCUGAAGGCCGUUCCAUUAUCAGCCAUCUGUGAACGCGCCAGGUUGACAGCAGCUAGACUAACGGCUUAUCCGCCCUCAGGUUUCCAUACUUCGAGCCGUUUGCUCUCCCAAAGCAAAUUUCCGUCUCCCUAUUUCUCCUAUAGAGAGGUUUCUUGUUCUCAUAAAUGCCCGCGAUUACUUUGAAGUCGUUUUUAUAUUUUGGGAGCAGCACUACUAUGGAGUCCAUAGGCAGCAUUAACGUCAGCGUCCUAAAGGUUCCGACUCUUUCGAGAAGGUUUAAAACGCAACUACUUGCGUCCUCCAAGUAGGACGUUUAAAAGAACGCAAUUGUGCACCAAGUCAAAAGCAUACGAUGAAAUUUCUUAAGUCUUUCUUUGACUAUUAGAUGAACUUUUAGAAACAUUGGAAAGUAACGGAAAAAAGACACAAUAUGGGUGAUGUGUGUUUCUAAAAGUAUAAAUUACAAAAGCGGGCGAAAGAUGCUGUACUCUGAAUACAUGAAAGGCAGCUCGAACGAAACUCUCAAACGCUAAUGAUCCGUGUGCCCCCCUGCGGUCAUGUUUUAACUGUUUUUUUUUCUCUGGAAAAUCAACGGUUAUGUGGCAAAAUUUUUCUAUGCACAAUCUGGAGAGGUUAUGUAUUCUAAUCACUCCCGUAUUUCUGCAUCGUGCUAUACCCGGUCACGAUGUCUCAUCUCUACAGCAGUUUCUGAAUGCCACUUCCCUUGAGAGUUUGUUCGACAAAAAGGAAACUUUCACCAGGCCAUCUUGGCGAAGUGGUCUAAACUGGAUUACAUAUACAUUUGUUUUGAACCGGUUGUAAUCCAAUCAAAAUCUAGCUUUUUAGGCGAAUUUAUGGCUUGGCUUAAAAAUACGAACUCUGGAAAUCAGUAGCAGAGCGUCUUUGCACAGUUCCUCAACCUGCUAGAGCACCAAAUUAAAAAGAUGACCCUUAUAUUAAGGUGUUAUGAUAGAAUCUCUCAUGUUUUAGGACUUUUAUAAUCACUUUUACAUAUCGUCGGCCGUAAUUAACGUUUUUACUUCGUGAGUUAUUGCAAGUUAAGACUAUGAAAAGACUUUCCUGGAAACAGCACACGCCAGCAGCAAAUGUAAUUUCUGCCGAAGUGUGGAAGAAUGUCCUUCAUAGUCUGGAACAUUUUCAAGCCUUACUUGAAGGCAGAUGGCAGUUGUUGUUACCUUUGAAGUGCGUCAGGAAGCUGAGUACUUUAUGUCUCUUUUGGAACGCCCGCUUGGUUAACAGAGACGACGACUAGAGUAUAGAGAGGGUGUUUGUACCAAGAACGGGAGGGCGACCCAGUGAGCUACAAGUGCAUCUUCUUCACAACCCUUUCAGCCAAUAAGAGGUUGGCAUUGCAUACCGGUAAAUACGUGAGUAGAGCCUACUAGAUGCUGUGGGGGCGGGGAAUUAGUUGUUGUUUCUACAAUCAAAGUCGCGAGUUCCAGAUCGAGCAAAUGAGAAGUCAUGUGAAAUCGCUCAGAGGUGUUUAUUUGCGACUUACCGUCUCGGACAUUUGGGUAUAAUGUUUAUUAUUGAGGAGUGUCUAGUUAAAGGGUCCUCGUGUUGGGCCAAUUAGUCGCAUCAUGCAAGUAGUGACUGCUUCUCACGGUCCUUGACUGUAUAAGGAGAGCCCCCAGGAAAUUACGGCGCACAAAGAAUGUCUACUAUACGUGUCUAAGUAGGUCGUGUUUUACCACUCUCGUAAACACGCAAAGCGAUCAUCAGACUGACUGCGUAGAUUGGGUCGUUGUCAGCUCAUAGCUUUGAGAAACGACCGUUUCCAUCUGACAUUGUGUUGUAUAUAACCUGCCCUGAUUUCAGCUCACAGAGUUGUGAAGCGACGUUACUCCUCCACAUACAGUAGGUGAUCUGACUCAUGAAAGGUGUCCAAACUAACGAAUGAUUGUCAAUCACUCGCAAAGCGACACCAUUUCAUGAAUUCAAUGUCUGUAUAAAUUAAGUAAAAGGUUAGAGGAAUUAAAAACAUAAAAGAAAUAUUAAAGGCAGUGUUGCGUGUUUUCGGCUUACGUUCAGUUUCAGAUCGGCCAUGAAAUAUUGCUGAAUACUUCGUGGUUUUCAAUGUUUUCACCCGAUUGUCCAUAAGGACAAGUUCUGAAUUACCUGUCUGUUAAAAACUUUAAAAUCAGAUAAUUCUUGAAGGCAUUUAUCGAAUUAGCGAGUUUUUGGGCGCUCUUUUUCGCGAAAAUGGUCGUUUGGGUUACACGUGAAGACUCAUUCAGACAUCAAACUUCAUUUUCGAAAAAAUGGCUGUCUACAACGAAAGUCAGUAACGAAUAUACCUUCGAUCAAUAAGAAGACUUUCCCUAAUAAGUUACCUCUUUGGGAAGUGCUUUAAUACUGCACUCGGUUGACGGAUCUCUGUGUUCCUUGCAUUUUUUUCACGGUGAGGCCAAGAAAAAAAUUGACACGGCCGUUUCUUUCACGCUCUUAAAAAUACCAAUAUUUUUCUGCCGUAAACGUAAGAACAUGCCUUUUUCUAUAUAUUGCAGUCAUUUGCCCUGCUUUUGCUCGCUUUUGGACUCCGUUCUUCGAUUAUGAAUGCACGGCAGAGUACCCAUACAAAUACUGAUAUUUUGUUGAAACUGUUAAUGUUUUGCUCGUUUCUUUUCCGAAUUAGGUAUGUGCAGAAGCCAGACUACACGACAAGUAAUGUUUCAUAUGUAUAAAACUGGAAAUGACCAUUGGGUGGUGGUCAUUUAUGUGACAUCAGGUAACAUUUUCCAAACGGCAAAACAACUCCAGCCCAUUUAAACGGAGGGAUCCCUGUCUGCGUUAUUACUGCGCUUCAGGGCAACAGAUCGCACAGAUCUGCUAAUAGGACUUAAGAAUCGAUAAAACAUCUGGCUUUUUAAAAUAACCUUUGUGUUAGCAAGUUUAUUACUACGGUUAGCAUCGGCCAUAAAAUAACUUUUCAAGUCCGGCAAAAUCUAUUUACCAAAACCCUCGCGGGCAGAUUACUUUCCUUUCAAUUAAAACGCGUUCAGAUGCGCAACCAGAGUCUAGGGCACGUAUUAGCACAGGAAAUUGCACGAAUAUAUUGCAACGUCCAUUAUUGCUAAAUGUGACUAAUAUUUUGCUUGAUAUAAUUAGGCAAACACAAUUUCUGGUCAAGAAAAGGACUUUCCAUUCGAAGGCAGUGGAUGAACAAGCAAAAUGCGCAACGCUAAAGACAUUCAGAAGUUUUCGCACCAGUUUCCGUUGUCAGUUUUCAUGAGAUAGGUCACGUACUGUACCACUGGGCAGGUAUCACCUGAUUUCCCGUUGCAUGGUAUAACAUGAUCUCAGCUGAGACAGUUGAGAAGCGGCCGUUCGGAUUUGACCUCGCCCUCUUACCAUUGCGAAGCUAUCACCUGACUUCCAGUUGCAUAACACACCAUGAUCUCAGCUCAGAGAGUUGAGAAGCGACCGCUUAGAUUUGACCUCGCGUUCCAUAAUAUUCUAUGAUCUCAGAUCACAAAGUUGAAAAGCGACCGCUGGGAUUUUACUUCGCCUCGAUCUCAGCUCAUCACGGACCAAGACCUUCACGGUGUCGAUUGGGUCCUGUUUUAUUAAAUACUCUCACAAACACGAGGAACGAUCAUUAGACUGCCGCGCAACUCACUCGUCACGGAACACGCUUUACACGGUACAGAUUGGGUGAUUCAUUGUAGACUCUUGCGCAAACCAUGCCAUGAUCUCAGCUCAGAGAGUUGAGAAGCAACGUUGCACAGUCUGCCAUGAAGUUUGCCUGACUCGUCGAUUGACGGUACCGUACCUCAUCGAUAUGCGCCCAUAUGGCUCUGGCCGAUACAGGCUCACCCUCUUGAAGCUUCUUUUUCAAUCUGCUCCAGUAUGCCUCGAUGGCAUGCGUGUGGUGGGGUCCCUGAAGUUUUUGGAAUGAUUGACUGUGAAGUGCUGGUAUCCUUCCAUCGGGAGGCGAUUGUAGGCCUUCCACUCAUCAGUAACUGUUAUUCUGCUCGCUGCUACCCACUUUGUAAUGACAGCUGGCAGGGCUGGCCGGGUCCUAUCAUUCGCUUGCUCAAAUAUGGUCUUCCGUCGACUGGCAUCAUAUAUUCCUACCAGCCACCACUGCCUUUUACGUCUACCGAUGCUGUACUGGCGUCGGUUUAUCAACGGUCGUCGAAUUGAAUCUCAAUUCCAGGCAUACCGAUCUUGUUCGUUUCCUGUAUCAGUUUGUUGGAACAGACAUUGCGACAUAGCGCGCACCAUUCCACGGUCGUGCCAUGCGCAACUCCUACAUCUUUUUCGCGAAGCAGUACUGUGUGGAGGUUGGUCAGCACUUGCAAUGUUACUCGACAUACUGUGGACGCUCGUGUUGCUAGUGGGUGUGUAGGUAAUGGCUCCUCAGUAAUGCAGCCUCAAUGGCACUCCCACGCGUGUGAGAUCUGAGUCUUCCACUACCUUUUCGUGAAAUCUGGUGUGCUGUGCUGGGGGUCAGGGCGCGCACAGACAGGCGCCCAAUCCCAACACUGGACGGCUGACCGGCUCGAGCAGCGGGGAUGGGGAAGGAGAGUGGGGUCGACUCAGCGCAUCUCCUCACUAAACAAUCCGACGCGCUUUUAAGCCAUUACGAUAUGCUAAAUUUCGUGGCUUAGAAGGCGGCCAAUUGAUGGGAUGACUCGAUCUUUUCAGAACGGAAAGUCAGAAUGCAAUAGCUCCUUCUUAGUAUUGCCCAGGUCACCGUCUCUGCGUCCACCAUGCUGUUUGGCAGACAGUGGACAUGAUCAUCAUUCAGAAGACGAAGAUGCGAUCACUGGAACAAGAAAGUUACUGGCCUGACGUUUCGGAUUCUCUUUCGAAUCCAGCAUCAGAGACAUUCGCGACGGUCGGGCUGUAGGGUAUGUAGGCGUCACAGAGCUCUGGAUGCGCGUUAAAAGUGCGGACAUGUUGAUAGGAGCUGGGCCUCAACGUUGUUACUUCACGAUCUUCCGAUUUUGCUUGCUUUUAACUUCCUUUCCACCUGCCUUAUUUGACUGCCUGCGGAGAUUGCUGUCCCAGCAGGCCAAAGUGCGUUUGAAUCUUGAAAGAGUGUUUUCCAGGGCUCUCAGUUGACCUAAAGACAGUUUCGUGAGAUCUCUGGAUUGUCAUUUUGAAUUUUAAAAUGGUUUUUCAGCUGAAAACUGGGUCAUCCUAAGCAACCCUGACGAAAAGUUUCAUACUUUUUUUCUUACCCGCCUGAGUUCAUAUCAACUGGCCAUGCUUAUCGGUGGCAGUGGUGCUCAGGGUGUAAUAGUGGCAGAAUGCGGUCUUUGCUUAGCCACUCAAAUCGAACAUGGCAGCAGUUUGUUGUACCCUGCAUUUGCUAGCGCAGGAUUAGCCUUCGAGCGUUGUGGUGUGUGUUUUUAGGAAAAUACCAGUCGAAUAACGCACCGGGCUAGGCUAAUUGUCAGCAGUUGAACCUAGGCCGCCCCGGGCCAGCUGAACAGUAAUUUCUGUGACUCCUGCAAGUUGCUUUGAUGGUUGCUCCGAGCUAAGCAAUGAGGAGCAUUAAGUGUGCUUAAGGCCUUCUUGAGUUGAGGACUUUUGUUUGUAACGGUGAGCGUGACAUUUCAUACACUCAUUGCAGAUACAGGUUUCAGUAGGGUUGGAGCGCGCCUAGGGCGAUGCACUUUUGUGUGAAAAGCCUCUCAUUCAGCGUCUAGUGCAGCUGCAGAUUGGUGGUUUAGAUAAAAGCGCUUAUGAUGCUAUAGACUGCGUUUUUGAUCUCAUUUUAAGGCUAUUUUUUCAACAUCUGCAGAUGUACGACAUGGCUGAUUGGAAUUUGCAUUACACCCGUUGAUUUGACCCACUGUAUCCGUCUCGUUGACCCCAAAUACUUGGACUCGGUCGAUUGUUUUACCACAGUUCUUGCUGCUUCGAUUUUUUUAUCACGCAUGUUCCAUUUUAAUCCGCUCAUUAGCUGUCUGCUAAUAGUGAUUUGAUGGACAGGAUCCACUUCAUUUAUGCCUGUCCCUUUUGCUUUCGUGCCAUUCGCUCUGGGCCGUGACCCCUGAAAUUUACUUAGUUGUAAAGAUCGGAGGGUAUCGUACAGGUUAUGACUUCUAGUUUUAGGCUGGGCACGUAGAGCAGUAUCCAGAUCGCAGGGAAGCAGUUUGCUCGCUUUUCGUGCCACAGUUCUCUAGUGUGCAGCAGCGAUCCUACGCCAACUUACGAGUCGCAUUAAUCCAAGCUUGGCUGUCGAGCCGGUUCAGUCGCUGGAAUUGACAGUAUUUUGGGGGUGUGGACGGUAUUUCUGACCAGGACCCCCCACCUGCCAGCACUGCGACUGUUAAUUCGGGACAAUUUAUCUUAGAUUGCUGAGCCUCACAGUUGGCCGUCGUCCGUACAUUACGGAUCUCCAUUGUGUUAAUGAUCUCGCGGUGAUUGCCAGCUUCUUCGCGGACAUGUAGUUUGCUGUGCAGCGAGAUGGGUAAUAAGACAUCUGAAGUGGCCCUGAGUAGUGUUGCGCGGUUUGUGCUCUGCCUUGCUACGGUAGAAAGUGUUGGGCUUCUGUAAAGAAGAAGCUCUUCCACGGUUAUGUUUUACCAAACGAACGAUCAUGAUUAUCACUCAGAGGAAACUCGACGGAUACACACAGAUAUCCAAGGUGAACCCUGGGGAGGAUGGCUUAAUCAUUUGCGGUUUAACACUCGCACUCGAGCAUUCGCACAUCGGAGAUAAACAGGAUGCGAAAUACAUAGUUUAAAUAAGUCUUACUCCUGAUAGGUUCAUCACGCUCCUUUUCAUUGGUCCUUCCCUCGUGCGUAAGUGAUACCUGAUGGCUUCGUGUGGCGCUGGUAGAUCGAUCUCACGGUUGAUCGAGUUAGCGCUAGAUUGGCAGGAUUCGAUCACCUCUCUCGCCAGUUUGAUUUCGACACGACCGAGUACUUUGGCACUGUCAAAGGCAGACCGGUAAUUAUUCUCCAGGCUGCGUAUAACGGCAUGUGAUCUUAUAUACUUUCGCCUUACGGCUAGAACAUGUUCAUGCAUGCGCACUCGCAGCUGUUUGUCGGUAAUUCCGCAGUAGCCGGUCAAACAGUCUAGGCAGUUGACGCGGUGAUCAACUCCUGAUGUGUCUUCAUGCGGUAGUCAAGCCUUGAGCUGCACGGGUAAGCGGUGAAGAGUAACCUCCGACCGGUAUCCAAGGCCCACGUUGGGUGGUCUUAGCAUGUGCCUAGUGGCUUCGGAGACGCCCCCCCACACAGGGCAACGACGGAAGAUUUCGGGUUUUUGUUUUUGCUUACCGUAGGUCUUGGUGGGCUUUUGGCACGAGCAUUUGUUUAUGAAGUCGCGCGGAUAUCCAAUGGAGAGGAAGACUUAUCAUAGAGGCUUACGAUCCCUUAGUUCCUUGACGGUGCGCUUAAGAGCCACCACUGAGAGUAUUCGAACAUCUGGCCGGAGGUCACUCAAAGAAGGAACCUGCAGAGUUAAUCCUGCAGUAUAACAACGCGCCAGUCCAAAUAUAUCUAAAACAGCCUCGCCCAUCAUUGCUUCUAGAAGUCAUUUGGUACAGUCAUCGCCUAAUCUGUUGCUAAAGUCAAGGAAAAUAUGCCUGGUUGUGCGUUUAAUGCCAACUAAAGAUCCGUUUUCGUUUACCCAGGGACGACCAAAUGUGCUAGAGGAGUCGGUUUUUGGCACUUUUUGAUCGUUAGGUUCAUCGGCCAAAGAUUGUAUUGAAGUUGAGGGGAUCUUGUUAAUUUUCUCGUGAAGAAUUUGAAAAAAAGAAAGCUAUUUUUGCGACUAAAAAUUUGAAGGUUUCCUACUUUAUUACCAAAGCCAGUUUUCUUACUAACUCCCCCCCGUACAGAAGGCCCCGUUUGUUACGUCCGUACACGAUUGAGGGAUCUUCGUUUGUCUGUGAAACAUUGCACGACUUUAACGGAGAGUUCAAUUUACAGUUGGUGACCCAUUUCAUGAAACAUGCCCAAAUUAACUAGAAAUCACUAAACAAUCUGAAAACAGUCCGAAGACAUUGACCAACCUAAUAGUAAACGACCUCCAGUUUGAUGAAAACGAAAAAAUAAGCAUUGCAAGCACUAUUUCAUUGACUAAAUCAUUUGAUUAAUGAUCUUGGCUCGCGAAAUCGAUGUGAUUGUUCCGUUGUAUUGUUAGAGAUAUAGUUGAUUAAAGCACAGAAGAUUUCCCAAGAUUUCACUGAUAUAUACGUAACAAGAAUAAAGAUCUUUAUUAGGUUUCAUGUUGACGGACUGGCCUGUAACUAAAAAUAUGUGUAGGGUUGGUAGAUACGAUCGUAGGCAUACCGUUUCUUUCUGUAAAAUUAACACCAUUUUUGGAGACGACGGAAUUCAUUGGGUUUCAGUGCUCCUGAAAUGCCAGUUAAUUCUUUGGGGUUUUCAGUGUUCUCAAUCAACCGCCUAAAAUGAUGGAUUCUGUGAUGUGUUUAUAGAAACCUUCAGAAUAAGAUAUUUCCUGGAGGAAUUUAUCGAAGUAGUGCGUUGUUGGGCUUUUCCCUUUAUGAACACGGCUGUUUGAGUCAAGUUCUAGGACUCACGCACACAAUAGACGUCAUUGUCGGAAAAAUUAGCGUCCGCAACGAAAGUCAGCGGCGGAUAUACUGCUGGACAGUGAAAAAACCUAUAAUCGUUUGCCUAUUUGAAAAGCGCUGUAAUACGGUAUUUCGCGGACAGAUGUCUGUUCACUUUACCUUUUUUCCAAGGUAAGUUCAAGAGAAACUUUUGAUGGGCUCUUCACUUCCCCGAAAAAUACUGAUUAUUUUCUGCCACAGGCGAGCGAACUUACUUUCCUUUAUACUGGAGUUAUUUUCGGAAUCACUGCGUACUUUUAGGUCCCGUUAUACGAUUUUGAAUGCACUGAAGAGUGGCCAUAUAGAUAGUCACAUAUUGCUCAUACAGUUAAGGCUCUGCCUGUUCUGUUUCUGCAUUCUGUAUUAUUAAGAACUGAAGCACAGAAAAUGUCCUACCAUAAGUUAUUAGCAUAAAAUGACCACCUGCUGAUUGGCCCUUUCACGGUUACUUAUGGUGUAUUCGCAAACGACAGAAAAAUAUCGGUGCCUUUGAACAAACGGUUGCCUGUAGGAGUUAUUACUGCAUUUUAGGGCAUCAUUCCACAUGGAUUUACAAAUCUGAUUUCAAAAUCGAUAAAAGUCUGAUUCUCCAAAAAUAACCUGUCUAAUCACAUUCUGCUACACCUGACGUAAGCAUAACAAAGGACAAAUUUUCAAGUGCCGCAAACUCUCUUCGUUAAAACCCUCGUGGUUAAAUUACUUUCCUCUUAAGGAAAAACGCUCGCGGAUGUUCUGUUAACAUCGGUAAUUACCCGAAUAUAAGGUGACGUAGAUUUCCGCUCAAACUUGGAAACACUAUGGCUGGUAUACUUAGACAUGUAUUCUGCACAAAACGGGCAUUUUCCUGGAGGGCUUGACUAACAUGCAAGAUGCACAAUAUUUUGGGUACGAGGCAACGAGUAUUCCAGUUUCCAUCAUCAAGUUUCUUGAAUUAGGUCGCAUUCUGUAAAUGUGUUGUGGUUUGCAGUGGAUCAGCUUCCCAAUGCCCCUUUACACAGGGUGAAGAACGUAACCUUGAACACUGCGAUCUCCGUAAGUCACUAAGAGGGAACUGAUUUCGGAAAAAUGUAUUGGGGUAUUUCUUUUUUUAAAAAAAGCGAAAUCGCCCACUCCUUUUAAAGUAUUUGCUUGCCACUUCGAUUAGACUGAUUUUAAUCGAAUGCAUGCAAGUCUGCGCGUUGGUUGUGCAUUCAGCCUCAGUCAGCACACCUCUGUCGACCCAAACGUCGUCCUUUUUUGCGUUUCAGCCAGACGUAGUGAGGUGCAGUCCGCCGGUGAUUACCGAAAGUUGGGCAGUGGCAAGCCCGCCCGCGAAUGGACCGCCGUCGGUCAUCUGAGCGGUCCGGAUCAGGUAGAUGGGUGCGACUGCGAACACCAGAAACUCAUCACCAACUUAGAGUUUCAACUGAGCCAGCAGCAGAACCUUGCUGACAUGUAUCGAGAACAGGUGAUCAGACACCAGCUUUCCUUUUGUUCUCUUUUUGCAAUAUAUAUAUGUAGAUCAGAGGUUUUAUGCAUUCCGAGUCGAUAUAAUGAAAACAGGAAGAGGUUCUUCGGAAAAAUCGAGUUGUACUCGUGAAUUUUCGAGCUGGUGACACCAACCCGUCAUCAGACGAAAUGAAAACAGGGGAGAAAGUUUGUUUGUCACACUGGACUAGUUAGCGCGACAGGACAGACAGAUUAUCGGCCUAUGAGAGGGAUGAUCACAAAGUCAUGGUAGGUCUCUGAGCGAGGGGGGAGGUAGAACAAUUAUGGAUGCCUGUGCUGGAGGGUGAGGGUGUAAUGGUGGAUCAAUUGGACUCCGGGUGGCUAGAUUGGCGGCCGUUGCUGUGGCAUUAGGGCGGGGGGCAGUAAGUCGUGAGCGUAGGCCCUCGUAAUGGGCGCCCAGGUCAACAUGGCGGUUGAUACUACCAGCAUCGGAGUACCAAGCCUCGAGAAAUUCUCUCGCCCGUUUUGUGUUUGCCAUGGCGACGACCUCAGUGCCAUCCCAAUUGAAUCGGUGGUCGCACUCGAGUGCGUGAGCAAAGACGAGGGACAGAGGGUCUCGCCGACGGACAGCCAGUUUGUGUUCAUUAAUACGGGUUCAGUAACUACCCGGUGUUUCUCCUGCUGCGGCUGCUAACAUGGUUAUAAUUUGCUUUCUUUUUCAUUGCCCGCUGACAGUGAUCGAACUAUGCCGAACUUGACUCACUACAUGGGGUCACUUGGAAAGCACAUCCCAAAAUCCUAAGGGCAUUUCUGCUCUUUGAACCGCUCUGUUAUCUUACUAAAACUGUCAUUUACCCUGGAGACCCGUGAGUGUUUGGUGAGCGGGGAAUCACCGAUUAAGACCACUUAACCGGCCCACGUGUUUCUGUAGGGUAUCAGCAAAGCCUUUGGGGGAAGGGAGGGUCAAAGCCUACUCGGGAUUUUAUCCUGUUCUCUGUGCUGCGCUGAUUGCCGCCUGCAAAUACAUGAGAGUGUGAUCUUCGAUCGGCGCCUACACACUGCUCUUCCCCGGAAAUAGGUCACAAGUUCAAGGUCUGUACAAUGGGCGUUGCUCUUUCGGUCUGCGAUCUGAUGGGACGCCAAACACAAGAAUAACCGUUGGGAAAGCCUCGAUGUUCAUUCGCUGUGUGUGAGAGCGCGCUGGACAGUAGGACAAGGGAAUAGCACGUUCCACGAUAUAGGUGAUCUUACGUUACAUUCCAGGGCGGUUAAGGUUAGGAAUUAAGGUCAGGGUUAGGGUUGAGGUUAGGGAUUGUGGUUUGGGCUUAGGAUUAGGACACGGGAAUAGGUACCUUUCCUGGAAUUUAACACAAGGCCACCCGUAUUACGGAGGGGGAGAUUUCCUAUUCCAGUGUCUUGCCCACUGGACUAAAAGGAUGGCAACCGUUUCCGCUCACUGCUUCCCGUUGAUCGCAUCAGGUUGCCUGAUUUCAGGCCUAAUCACUUUCUUCUCCCUAAAACACUAAUCACCUGUAAUGUACCACUGUCGGUUUCCCAUUCAAAGCUCCCUCGCGUUCACUUCCACUUGCAGCAGUUUUGACUCACUGCUAUUGUGGCUUCAGUCGUCGUAGGAUGUCGCACUGAAGGUUCUAGGCAUUACAUUUGAAUAUUUUUCGGUUACCGCUUCUUGCAUCCGCAGCGGGAGGCCCGACGAGAUUUACAUAUGUGGCAACUGUAAGGGCUUGGGGUCAACACCAACUGGUUUGAUACCUACGGUGUUCACAGAAGGUAUAAGAGAUGUCGACGUAAACUCUGCUUAGGUCUUAAAACGCCACGAAACUACCGAAUCGAUCUCGGAUUCAGGCCCGAUGACAACCAAGCCAAAACAACCAACCCUUUCUCUGUUUUCAACCCCUGAAUUCCCUUUAGGUGCUACAAAUGGAGGACAAACUUAUUCAACUGCGCGAAGAGAACCAAGUAUCAAAGGAGGCUUACCAGGAGCACACAGAACGACUGCACAGUCAACUCAGACUGAGCAGACAGCGCUACCGAGAUCUGGAACGUCGGCGGCACCUGGAGGUGGAGGGCUACCAGACGGAUUUGGAUAGUCUGCGCAAGAAACUCAAAGAUGUCGAGAAGAAGUUCCUACAGGUUGGUUAA